AUGGAAGUCUAUGUAGACGACAUGCUGGUAAAAAGCUUAAAGGCAGAACACCAUAUUGAUGACCUAGAUGAGGCAUUUCAAGCCUUACAAAAAAGCAAGAUGAAGUUGAACCCAGCAAAGUACGCUUUCGGCGUCACCUUGGUAAAAUUCCUUGGUUUUAUGGUCUCCAAAAGGGGGAUAGAGGCUAACCCCGCAAAGAUCAAAGCCAUACUGGAAAUGCGUCCCCCCGAUAGAGUCAAAGAAUUGCAGGAGUUGACUGGGAGAGUAGUCGCGCUAGGGAGAUUCAUCUCGGCCUCAGAAACCAGAUACAACAAUGUGGAGACGUAUGCCUAUGCACUGAUAACGGCAACUCAGAAAUUAAAACCUUACUUUCAAGCCUACACCAUAGAAGUGGUCACAAAUCAUCCUCUGAAGAAGAUACUAGCUAAAAAUGACCACUCAGGGAGGCUAGUGGAAUGGUUGUUAAAGCUAGCGGAGUUUGACAUCCAGUACAAGCUCCGCACAACCAUUAAGGCCCAAGCCCUAGCGAAUUUUAUCAUUGAAUACACCCUACCCGAAGAAGAGAUAACCCCAGAUGCUGAGACUAGUGAGGUAACAGAGACUUGGACCCUGUUCGUGGAUGGUUCAUCCAAUGCAAGCAGGUGUGGCGCAGGCCUGAUACUGUCAAGUCCAGGAGGAUUCUCAGUGCACUACGCGCUAAGGUUUGAAUUCCAAACCACCAACAACGGAGUAGAAUAUGAAGCCCUAAUUGAAGGUCUGAAUUUAGCCAAGAGUUUGAUAGUAAAAAAUAUUAUUGUCCACAGUGACUCCCAGUUGGUAGUCAAUCAAGUCAAGGGGGAGUAUGAGGCAAGGGAACCGCGCAUGGCACAAUACCUGAGCAAAGUGCGUAAUCUAAUUACUGAGUUCACCAGCUUCCAAAUACUACAAGUACCCCGGGCACAGAAUGCCUCAGCUGACGCACUUUCUAGGCUGGCCACCUCAGAAUUUCAAAAUCUCAGUAGAACCAUGUACGUAGAUGUGAUCGGUAAACCGAGUAUAGAAGAAGCAGAGGACAUACUGCCCAUUGAAAUGGAACCUUACUGGAUGGACCCUUUGAUAGCCUAUCUCCAAAGGGGCUCAUUGCCUACAGACAAGGAAGAAGCAAAGAAGAUAAGAAUGAGAGUAGCAUGGUACACAAUAAUAGGAGGAAUAAUUUAUAAGAAGGCAUAUGUCAUGCCCUAUUUGAAGUGUCUCCGGCCAUCUGAAGCAGAAUAUGUAAUACGGCAGAUACAUCCAGGCAUUUGCGGACAACACUUAGGGGGCAUAGCACUUGCCCACAAAGUCAUCAGACAAGGAUAUUUCUUGCCAUAUUUGCGCAUGGAAGCAAUGAGUUUUGUCCGCAAAUGCCUUAAGUGCCAGACGUUUACGCCAAUCCCACGUCAACCAACCACGGAGCUCACUUCAAUUUCCAGCCCAUUACCUUUUGUGCAAUAG